UUCCACAGUCGAAGUUUUCCUUGAAAAAGUUUUUUGUCAUUUAUUGAAAUUUUUUUUGUCCCAUUUGAUUACAUUUCAUUAAGCACCAGGUAGGCAAUUAACUUCAGACUCGCCAAAUAGUCAGUAUCUCGGAAGCAAUAGCUAUUGCAUAAUGCCGCGUAGAAGAAAUAAAGUCGACCCGUUGGAAGAAUUGGAGACCUGCACCAAACUCUUAUGUGAUCAGUCUCACAACCAUAUGAAAGUUCGAGAAUACGAUAAAGCUUUAAUCGGUUACAAUAAGGUAGUUAAUGUAAAGAGCGGUGAAGUUAAAAUCACAUUAAGCUAAAAUUAUUGUUAGCAAAGUUUAUUUUACAAAAUAUUUUAAAAUAUACGUCUGGUUACUUCCUAAUAUUUAAGUAAGUUCGGAGUUUUGAACUAAACGAACAUCAUUCUCAGGAACAGAUUAUGUAAGCACACCAUACCAUGGAAAUAACCUAGAAUCCAAUAUUCGUUUCGAUGUAUCACAUUAACAGAGCUGCGUACAAAAUAAUUUUUCAAUUUUAUGAAUGAAUAAUUUUUUUUAUUGUGUUAACAAAACAAAAUAGGCAUUCAAUUUGUAAUUUUGCGUUAUUUCCUAUUAACGCAUGCAAAUUUUCAAUGCAAAUCUUUUCGAUACAGAUUAUCAAACUUAAAGAUAUUAGUUUGUCGAAUAAACAAAGCAAAGAGAAAAAAUUUUAGUGUUAACAAAUUUUUAUGUCAUAAUUUUGAAACACGAGCGUAGACCGUUACUAUGCACUCGGUAAUGCUUUGGUUUACAAAUGUAUAAAUAGCGGUUCUUAUUUCCUUUCAAUGUCAUGCCGUCUGGCUGAUAAAAUGUUUUCGGAUUUUUUAGUGAAUCUUAAUUAGCACAUCUAAAAACUAAGCUGAUAUCAAUAUAUAAUAUGUAAGUCGCAGGCAGGUGGAUUCCGAUUCCGACGAAGAAAUGCUACCUUUUUUUACUUUUUACCCAUACAUAUACAUAUAUUUAACUGAACACACAAUUAAUUCGAUCAUAGAUCAAUUACUACAACAUUUUACUUAAAACCCACAAUAAACAUUUGACACAAACAAGAUUUAAUUGGAAUCAAUUAAAAUCUUGCUGUAAUCAAAUUUUCUUCAGGUAUUCAAGGAUUUCAUCGCUAUAAGUUAACUUAGGUACUGAAAUCAUUUAAAUACUUGUAUUAUAUUGCGAGCAUCGUACACCUCACCAUCAUUAAAAACUAAUAUAAUAUUUUGUAUUUAAAAAACAUGUGUGCCUGACGGAUUGAUUCUUUGUUCAAUUCUGUCUUCAAUUGUUAAUUAAGUUGUCUAAAAGUAACUCUGGGGAUAUACAUACAUAAACCGUUUAAACAAUGAUCAUUGCAGAUAAUACUAUGAAAUUACAAAAUUAAUCAAAGUAUUAUGCAACACAACGUCGUGUGACUCAUAAAUUCGUAUAUGAUAAAACAUUAUUACGAUCAUAUUUAAAUAUACCUAAUUUGCUAUUAAUUCCUACAUUUGCAUAAAUUCGUAGUAAUUUUAGCCAAAAGUGCACAAUAUAAAAUUUUCCAAAUCAGGUAGAUUAGCUUAUCGAUUAUCACGUGUUUCCAAGCAACACAAACAUUAAAACAAUUUCGCUUAACAACUCGUAUUUCACAUUAGGGUUGUAUAAUAUAUUAAACAGCAUUAAUCCUUUGAAGAAAUGCAAAUCCCGACGUUUGUCAUUUUCUUGCUUUAGUUAGCUCUAAGAUAUUAAUACUACCAAAUUAUAAUAAGUUAAUAUUUAAUACGUAUGUGGAAAAAAUCCCCAAAAAGGAUUUAUAUAUAAAUGUAUUAAAGGAUAGAUAUUUAUGUACACAUGUACAUUUUAACUUCCGUCCCUGGGUGGGCACAUGAUUUUUUCUUGAGCAACACCCUAAUACAUAUGUGCAUGUGGAUUCAUUGAAAAAAAUGUUAAGGUAAAGGUUGAAUGAAAAUGUCAGUUAUAACAUAUUCAUAAGCGUUUUUUUCGUUCAAACUGCUUUCCGUCAAUAUGUCAAGUGUUGUGAAAAACAUUUUAGAUGUUGAUAAGGAACAAGAAUUACUUCAAAGUUUUAUAAGAAUCGGAAUAACUGCAGAUGAAGAGUCAAUAGAUGAAUCCACACGCAAACGUACAAGACAUUAUUUUAAUAAGAGAGGCUCGUCUAACGCUAUUCCAGGUGUCCGAAAUGUAAUUUGUAAUCGUAAAACAGUAAAAUUUGCUGACGAUGUAGAAAAAAGUGGAAUUGGGGGUCGUGGAAACCGUAUUGAGGCAGAGUUGCGUGCAGCGCGUAGAAAAACCGAGGAUCAAGUAUUAAAAAAGAAGCCAAAAGAAAAUUUUGUAGACUUCUACACUGAUAAAGAUAGAGCAGCAGCUGUAAGCGCCGGUACUUAUGACAUUAAACAAAGCCUGCAAAUAAAACAUAAACAGGAUCGUAAUGAAAUUAUGCAAAUACCGGAUGAGGCAGACAUUAACUCCAUUAUAGCAUUGGGGUUGAAAGAAAUUAAAAAUGCCAAUCCAGAAAACGCGGUAUAUUUCUUUUCACAGGCCCUCGAACUAAAUGGCACUGACAUAAAUGCAUUGGUUUCUCGAAGUAAAUGUUACCUUUUGCUAGGGGAGCCAUCAAAAGCAUUACAGGAUGCGGAAACUGCACUCACUGAAGACAAAAAUAAUAUUCGAGCCAUCUUCCAAAAAGCAGAAUCACUUUAUUUUCUUGGUCAAUUCGAACAGAGUCUAAUGUUCUUCCACCAAGGGUUGCGCUCUCGUCCCGAAUUAUCUUCCUUUCGAUUGGGUGUUCAAAAAACUCAAGAAGCCAUUGAGAAUACUAUAGGAACUAGUAAAUGUUCAUCGCUCAAUAUUGCACUCAAUUCUUCCAAUAACAAAUUUUCUAGUAAAUAUAAGAGCAAUAAACAAUCUCAAACAAAUUCACAACAUUCGAAUCGCUCAAAACUAUCCAGAACCGAAAUUGAACGACAUAACGCUCGCAAAUUGUUAGGUGAAUUAUGCGUUGAUAAGGAGUAUUUAGAAAAACUGUUGAAACAUCCCGAUUUAGUUCGAGCCGAUACAAACUCGGAAAAUAUUUCCAAUCAUGCAAAUGAAGCUGUUAAAUUUCUAAAAAAACGGCAAGAAUUUUGGCGACAACAACGUCCUUGUACAUCACUUCCAAGUUACAAAAGCCUACCCCAAGAACCUCUACCAGACUGGUUUUAGAACAAAUUUAUAUAAGUGAAUUACUAGCAACAUUACCUAUGUAUAUAUUUGGGUUAGCUCAACAUAAUCAAACUAAAAUAAAUUCUAAUUGUAGUAUAUUAAUUUAUUAUAGUUUUAUUAAUAUUUAUAUGUGUUUUUACAAUGUAACAUUUAUAGGUAUUGUAAUUAACUUUUUCGAAUGUGCAUGGGCUUUCGCCUAUAAAUUUCAACCAAAAACAAGCAAUGAUUUUAGAUGUCAUUACAAUGCACAAAUAUCAUGCUAAAUUAAGCCUCAGGAUUGUUCACACACUUAGAUCUAUAUGUUAUAAAUAGUGGAUUUUACUAGUAGCAACAAUAACUUCCUGACUUGCAUAUUUGCCAUACAUUGUUAAUAUUUAUUUAUACUAUAAAAUACUUUCAACAAUAUUAACAUAAACGCAUUUGUAUUAUGUUAUUUAACUUUGUUACUUGGUUUAACUUAAUUGAAUACAAUUUUAUUUUAUUUAACAAUUAAGCAAACUUAGUAUAAAUAUAUCUAAAUUUGUUUCAUUAAAUAGCAUUUUUAAUUAUUAAUACCUUUUUAAAAAGUGUUAUUGAGCUUCUUUGACUAGUUUUAGCUUAAUGGCUAAAUGCUAAAUUUUUGGAUAGGAAAUAUCAUACUUUUUUAAAGGUUUAGCCGGUAAAUUAACCUUUAUUACGGAAUGUCAGCUUUUAUAUACCAGUCUAUUUCUAAUAAAGAUAAACUAUGAUAAUAAAAAACUAAUAAAAUUCAAAACUUAGAUAUAAAUAUCAUAA